AUGGCCCAAAAAUUCCCCGUCACCAUAUCGACCACACUCACUCUUCUGGACCAAUUCCAAGCCACACUCGCAACUCCAACGACGAGCGCGCCCCAAGAUGCAGGCGCCGACGUCGACGCCAAUUCCAACAACGCCUUACCUCUGCUCGCCAAUUCCGCUGCGAGUCUGAAAGCCCAAGUGACAAAGCUAUCACUGCUGGCGAUAACCUCGCCGUUUACACAUUCCGCCGUGACUACUGUGCUGCGCGCAUGCAACGAGACCGUUCUUCCCUCGCUGGUUACCGCGGCGCUGCUGGUGACACCCGCCGAAUAUACCAAGGCAUUUCACUCGGAGGUGCUGGUUCUCGUUCGGACGACGCUUACGGAAUUUGCCACGCUGGUCAAGAGCGUGAAAGAAAUUGCGGGACACAAGGACGCCGCGAAGACGGCUGAUCCGAAAAAGAAAGAGGAGGAUCUCACGCAAACUGCAAAGAACGCGGUUACUGUUGCAGUGGGCCGAGUCUGGGAUGCUUGUGAUGAGGUGUGCGAAGUUGCGAAUAAGGGGGUGGUUGGAUUUGUGAUGCGCCGUGUGGAGCAGUGGCGCGAUCUGGUGAAGGAUGCGGUUGAAGAGCUUGAGGAGUGGGACCCCGAAGGCGAUGACGACUUUUUCGACGAUUUGAUGGGUGAGGAGAAGGAGGACCUGUCCGACGAUGAGGGCGAUGAGGAGGAUGAGAACGCCGCGCUGCAGGAGCAGAAGAAGUCGACGCUGCGGUUCCUCAAGCCCGUCGCCCAGGUCUAUCCUGUUAUUGUCACAAACCGACUGAAGAAUGCCGGGGAUCUACCCUUGUGUGCACCUGGUGGUGUUGCGAAACUCGAGUCAUUGAUGAUUCACCUGCAAAAUGUCCCCGAGCAAGUCGAUGAGGUGGUCGGAGCGUUAUAUGAAAGCAAUUGGGUCAAGGCGGCGGAACAUUUGAAGAAAAUCCAAAAGCACGCCACUCAGGCCGUGAACUCGGUUGCUGCUCCAUGGAGUGUAGGCGGAGGCGCUAGAGAUGAUUCGACGGGUAGCAGUGACAAAUUCACUGUCUGGUCGAAAACGUGGUCAAAGGUCAUGGAGGAAGUGAGCAAGUCCAUCGAUGCUGUGGCUGGUAGUGAUUAG